GUGCAAGACUCUAAUUCUGCAGUUCGACUAGCAAUUUUGCCACUUUGUCUCGUCAAACAGCGUCACUCUUUGCUGCGAGAUCGAGAUGAAGGCCGUGGUGAUCAAGAACCCCGGCGGCCCCGAGGUUCUUCAGGUUCAGGAGGUGGAAGACCCGGCGGUUGGUGACAACGAGGUCCUCAUCCAGGCGGAAGCCUCCGCCCUCAACCGCGCCGAUACAAUCCAGAGGAAGGGCUUGUACCCGCCGCCCAAGGGCGCAAGCCCUUACCCAGGCCUCGAAUGCUCUGGUAAGAUCAUCGCAGUAGGAAAAUCCGUUACGCGCUGGAAGGUUGGUGAUCAGGUAUGUGCCCUUCUAAGUGGAGGAGGAUAUGCAGAGAAGGUAGUGGUACCGGAUGGGCAGCUACUUCCCAUCCCAGAAGGAGUGUCUGUGCGAGAUGCUGCUAGUUUUCCGGAAGUUGCAUGCACUGUUUGGUCAACUGUAUUCAUGAUGAGCCGAUUGUCAUCAGGGGAGACCUUAUUAAUUCAUGGCGGAUCUAGUGGAAUUGGUACAUUUGCUAUUCAGAUUGCUAAACACCUUGGAAUUAGAGUAUUUGCCACGGCAGGUACUGAAGAAAAAUUGGCUGCUUGCAAAAAUCUUGGUGCUGAUGUUUGCAUCAAUUACAAAUCAGAAGAUUUUGUUGCAAGGGUGAUGGAAGAAACUGGAGGAAACGGUGUAGACGUUAUAUUGGAUAAUGUUGGUGGUCCGUACUUGCAGAAAAAUCUUGAGAGCUUGGCCAUUGAUGGUAGACUUUUUAUCAUUGGUUUCAUGGGAGGAGCAGUGACACAAGUAAAUCUGUCUUGUCUAUUGGCAAAGCGCCUUACCAUUCAAGCUGCUGGUCUACGAAAUAGAAGCCUCGAAAAUAAAGCCAAGAUAGUCGCUGAGGUUGAGAAGCACGUCUGGCCAGCCAUUGCAGCAGGCAAGGUGAAGCCUAUUGUAUACGAGACCUUUCCACUGUCUGAAGCUGCUGAUGCUCACAGGAUGAUGGAGAGCAGUGCUCAUAUUGGCAAGAUACUUCUAAUUCCAUGAUCAUAACUCAUAAGAGGAUUCAGCAUGAAGUCUGCUAGAGCAUAUCAACACAUCAUGUAGAUCUGUUGAAGCUGUCAUGUCAUAUAUAAUGAAACAGAUUAUAGACUUGUGGAAUACACUAAUGUCAUGAUUGAAUGAUGUUUGUCAACUGAAUUCAAAAUAAUAAAAAGUGGAUGUGAAAAUUA